GCUCUGCAUCCUCACUUUGCCUGGUAGUGUGCCCUGUGAGGCGACUUUGGCAGUUUUCGCCGAUUGUGGGCAAAGGCGUUGCACUCACGCGGGCAUGCUUCGAUGAUGCUGGCGAUUGAAGACGAUGUGCAGGGAAUCCAUCAACUCGUUGCAGAACUCGCAGCCCAACAUCUACGAGACCAUCCAAUCGUGCGCCGGUACUCCUACCACGCUUCUGGGGCAUCCGAUACCUCGCUUGGGUCUGGAGCAAACCUCCUCAGUCGACGAGGAUCGGUUAGUGCCGUACCUCAGUCCAUCCAAAACGGCACCUCUGCGACGGCUAAAUUGAAUGGGACUGCAGUCACGGCCAACGGACCCCGAGACGACUCUGCUCCAGCGCUUCGACGAACGGAGAACUCGGCCCCUCCAGCAACAGGAGUUACAGAGAUCCCCAGAACGGAUCCCAUGACCGAGGCACAAAUCAUCCCCGAGGCCGUUGCCCCUCACCAAGCCUAUGCCACUGGAUCGAUCAUUGCGCGCAUCCGCACGGGUGCCCACACUGGUCGGCGAUCAGGAAGUAACUCUGGGGAGCUAACGCUGAGCAAGAAGCGGUCCAACUCGAUGCUGGGGCCGUCGACGGUCAUACGUGACCCCACCAAGCAUGCCGAAAUUGUCGAGAUUCAGUUCCUCAUCAAGAUGAUGUAUGAAGCCGAAUGCCUCGCAUGGACGCUGUUGCUUUCCAGCAUGAUCAUGGAUACCAAAACCAUUCUGACGGUGUUCAUGGACACCAAAAAUCGGUCAUUCUAUAGCCUGUGGCGCCAAACAAUGUUGGAUACACACUGCGGUGGCUAUGAGCAGCUCGCCCAGGCGGUCGAAGAGCUCCUUUCAUUCCCAGAGCCGCCGAUGGCUGUUGAACGCAACGAUCCAGUGGCAAAGACGCCACCGGAGGGGCUGGCGGAGUGAUUCUACAGCGCUUCAGGAUCAACGGGAAGCCUGGAGCAUCCAGCCAAAGCGAUGGACAACGCUGGGUGGAGCAGCCCCGAGCGGCCAUCUACUGACUCACUGCCAAACACUCCGUCCCCGUCACCGGGGACGAGUCUGGACCGAUUAUAGAGUACGAAAUACACGAGCCGAUGUCCAUGAGUGGUAACGGUGAUGGU